AUGUUUCUCUAUGCUCUUCCUGGUUAUGCUGAUCGUUAUCCACUUGAUCUUAUUUAUUUCAAUAGUUUACAAAUACUAAAAUAUUUAUAUGAAAAACGAAAAGAUAAUAUAGGAUUUGCAAGAUUCCUUGGAAAAAUUCUUUUAUUACUUAGUCGAGAUCAACAAAGACAUGAUACAUUUUAUGCCAUCGGUUGGGUAAGAAUUCUUCAUGAUAUGGCAUUGGAUAAGAAUAAUAUUAUUUAUUCAUUAUUGGCUUCGACUAUUCUAGCAAAUCUUUAUCGACCAAUACACGAUCAACCAAUUUAUGAUGAAGAUGAUAUAAACGACAAAAAUCUUGAUAAUAAAACUGUUGAUGAUCAUCUUGAAAAGAAAAUUGGUGCAUCAGAUAUCGAUACAAAACAACAAGAAUCAACUUUUAUUCCAUCAUGGAUUAAUAAUCAAGUAUAUGGUGAUAAAAUUAUUCUAUUCAGUCCAACAAUGUACAAUAUUCAACAAAUAGAUCCUGAUGUACGAUGGUAUCAAGAACCAAUUAUAGAUAUUAUCUUUUUUCAUAGUUUAGCUGGUUCAGCAUUUAAAACAUGGCGACAAGAAUUUGUAUAUAGAGAAGUUGAACAACCAUCAGAAAGUAAAACAGUAUCAAUAACUGAUGAACCUCCUACAGAAGAAGAAAAUGAUGAAGUAUUGAAAAUUGGUGAAGAAACAAAUUGGAAUAAAGUAAAACAUGGUAUGCCUCAUUUUCUUCCGGAAAACGAAACAUAUUUUAAUCAAUUAUUCGAAGAUGAAAGUAGUCGAUUAAAUAAUAAUCAUAUAUAA